AUGGGAUUGGAGAUUAGAUCGAAUUUGAAGGAUUACUGGUCCACGAGGAAGGUAUUCAGUGAAUCAUUCGCUGCGAAGCUUAUUUCUAGAAACCGAUUUGUCCAAAUACUGAACGCCUUCCAUUUCGCCGACAAUGACGCUUCUGACAAGUCUAACAGACUCUACAAAAUCCAACCAAUUCUGGACAUGCUCAAUGAGGAAUUUGCUGCCGUUUAUAGCCCGGGCAAGAAUGUAUGCAUUGAUGAGAGCAUUAUUCCAUUCCGAGGUCAAGCCAUAUUUUGGCGGUAUAUUCGAGGAAAACGCCACAAAUUCGGGAUUAAGGUUUAUAAUUGUGUUGUGCUGGUGGUUAUACUUGCAAGUUCAUCGUCUACGUUGGACAACAACGCGACAGAACUUGCCCUUCUUCACAACAAGCGGUUCUGA